AGCGUUCCGAUAACCGACCGGCCGGCCGGCGCGAGGUGCACCGGUGGCUUACCUUGCCUCUCUGCUCCAGCCCCUGCUCUUGGCUAGUUGGCUUGGCCUUCUGCGUGUCCUCUGCGUCCUGCGAGGAGCUCGAGGCGAUAGGUAGCAGAGAGGCUCGUCUCGUCGGCUAGUGUUGUUCACUCGGUUCUCUUGCUGUCGAGAUUGAUCGAGCUCGAGGGAAGUUUCAUUCCGACUCCGACGACGACGGCGGCAUGAACAUGAAGCCGGGAGCUGUGGCGGCGUCGAGGUCCGGCGGCGGCACGGUGGCCUUCUCGUGGGAGCAGGAGCCGGGGGUGUCGAAACAGAGCCCAGCUGAGACCAAGAAGCCCACAGCCGGGGCGCCCCGCACGGAGGCCGUCAGCAAGAGGACGCUGGCGACCGCCAAGAAGGAGCCUGCGCCCGCGGCUGUUGUACCGGCGCGCCCGCACCGGCUGCGCGUGCCGCCACCGCCAGGAGGGCCGGGUGCGCCGGCCGUCUCCCAGCCAGGGAAGAGCGGCGGCGGAAGGAGGAGCCGUGGCGGCGUCAGGCCGCGGGACGACCCGUUCCUUGCAGCCUACCUGGCCUGCACGGACAACGGCGGCGGCAACAGCAAGGGGGCACAGAAGCUGCUUGGGUGGGCGGGGCUUGGGCUUGGACUCGGGUUGCGUGGGCUCGGGCUCUCUUGCAAGACUUCGUGUGGGGCCGUGGAGGAGUGCGUCGUGACGCUUGCUAGGAUCCCUGAACUCGAUGAGGAUUGAAUUUUCCAAUCCUGCGUCUCAACAAUUUGUUUUUUUUUUGAGUAAUCGUCUCAACAAUUUGUUUUUUUUAGAAGCCAUAAACACUAGGGUAGAAAAGUUGAACUAGCACUUAGCACUCUUAUUGAAAUUGUAUACGAAGUUUGUCUUUAUUGGACUUCUAAAUACAAAUAUCCGGGUUCGUAGAUGUACCUUGGCGUAUGGUCAUGUGUGUUGUAAUAAACUCUUGCUUCUUUAAUGAAAUGCUC